CGGAGUGUCGGAGUCUCGACGCUAAAUCUAACUCCAUCGUUUCGAACAUAUCCCGGCAGAUGCUGGUUUUUCAUGUGUAAACGUAUGCCCCGCCGGCCGUCGAGGUGAAUCGAUAAAAGAGGGCUCGCGCCGGCGAGGAACACCGCCAGUGGAGGCACGCAAGGAUGACGAACGUGUUGAUAAAUCAGAAUUAGGUGGAAAGUGUUGUUAUUAUUACUUAAACCAUAUAGGGUAUAGAUUACAGAGACUGACUUUUAUAAUAACCUUACCAUUAAUACGACUACGAUAAGGAAUAUAAUCUUGACCAAUUACAUAAGAGUACUCGUAGUAUAACACAAUACUACUCGUACUACACAUACUCUAAUACCCUCCCCAAAUUGAUGGUAAUUAAUUACCAACAAUUUGAAGGCCGAAACAAAAACGACACAAAUUACUACGAACAAUGUGACAACAAAAAACAAUGAAAAACAUGAUUGCUCCGCCAAAUAUUCCGAUGUCGAUAAAGACCAUGUCCAAUGCCUCGUGAAACGUCGAUGGUGAUAAGCUGGAGAAAACGAAAGUUCUUGCCAAAGUCGUCAAGUCCGUCGAACCAAGUGCCAACAAAAUAACUGUUCACUCGCCACAAGUCCGCAUAGAAGGAAGCGACAAACCAAGUGACGAUCAAGAAGGAAGAUACUACAUAAGAAUGAGCAGUGACCUGUAAAUUUUGUUGUCACGGAAACAAAACCAUGUAUACUCCGAACAGUAACACAUAUAUCAAGAUACUCCAAACAACAUCAUCGAAACGGAACCAGAACCACGUGCUCCGAACAACAACAUGGCGAUCAGGAUGCUCUGAAUAGCAUCAUCGAAACAGAAAUAAAACCAAAAUUGUUCCGAACAACAUUUAUGAAAUUGAGAUAUUCCGAACAAUAUCUCAAACUAAAAUGUUCCGAACAACACCUUCAAAAUCAAAACCAAAGAGACGAAACCUAUGGUUGUAUACCAAACAGAAACGAACUUGAACAACUCCCAGCAGGAAACCUUUUCAUCUCCACCAUUACCAAACAAUCAAAACAGGAAUACCAAUUAGUCCCAAGAAAUCAAAUUACUUUAUAUCCAACGACCAAAGCAAUUCCAUCCAAAUUGCAAUAUGAACUCACGUGCAACCAUCCAGAUCCAAUAACCAUAUCCAGCUUCCCAAUUUCCAUCAAUCCCCAAAUCCCAAUUUCUAUCAAUCCCCAAUUUCCCAACUCAAUCGAUAGAUCCAUAAAAAUAAUUUUCUAUCAUUUGAUAUCAGAGCCCCGUUACUCACCCUUCCCCUACAUCACAAUCCACCUCACACUACCCUCCAUCCACCACUCACAAGUCCAACUCCCAAAGCCUAGAACACAACAAUCACACAUCUCCACUAAGGGAUUACUGUCCACAAGGAAAAUGAAUUAUUAUUCCUUAUUUUUUUGCACCAGCAGAGCGUUCUUGGUAGGGAAUUGUUUAUUGUAAGCAAAGGCCUUCCACAACGCGACCUCAUCUCCGCAUCAAGCUUUUGGAGUCCACCGCAACGACCGUUCGCCGACCAAUGGCCAUAAAUACCUUAGAGGCCCUUUCGUAAGCAAUGGCGUCAAUUGAGGACACCCUCGCUAAAGUCAUCACUCAACAGUUUGCAGAACUCCAAGCGUUGAUUGCUGAUCUCGCAAUCCGACGCUGCCAAGUAUCAAGCCCUUAAACAGCGGGUUGAAGCGCUUGAACGGCUUCCACGCCGGCUACCACGACGAUAGAUAUGUCAAUCACUCCCCCAGCCAAGCCGAUCACACCAGCACCGCCUCCGCUAGCGGACAAGGAGAUGAUGAAGGCUGUCGUCCUGGAUGGCUUUAUCAUUCCGACAGCCGCGAUUCCACAGCUUGGCAGACAACCACUCAAAGUUGGAUUUCCGUCGGUAAGUUUUUGCCGUGGAAAUAACAUCAACUCAGAUCCCGACGGGCAGCUCAACGACAACUUCGGCGAUCAACAAGGCACCGACUUCUACGCUACGCGUCAAAGGAAGUUGGAGGGCCAGGAUUUCUCGGUCGAAUGUGGCACUGGGCCGGGCUGGGUUAUGUUGUCAAAUAAAUCAAAAAGGCCAAUUGGGAGUCCAUAUGAUAUGAGCCGAUUGGUUAUGGGUCAAAUCCCUCAAUCAAAUCUGCACAACCAAGGUUGACAAGACUAGUCCAGCGAGGUGAACCAAACUCGAACCGACAAUGGUUCGAUUUGAUGGACCAAUAUGAUUUGGAUCACGAUUCAACAACGUGAACCAGGCAUGGUAAUUAUUAGGGGUGGGAAACGAUCCGGUCCGGUCAAAAUCGGACCGGAUUGACCCGGUUUUUUAAGACCGUUUUGGCAAAUACCAUAACUGGAGACAGGAUUGCACUACAACAAAAACUAGUUUUUGCAGCCAAAACCUUACAACCAAAUUAAAAUUGGUUGCGAAAAGGCAACUAUAUACCACCAAUUAUAUUUUGGUAACUAAAAUAUUAAUAAAUUAGUCUUCUAUUAAAAUCAAAGUAUUGAU